AUGUGUGCUGUGGCAACUCAUUCAAGAGCUGUCCAAGAUCUUGGCUCACGAGGAUACGCUGCUAUCGGCAACAUGAAAUGGGUUACAGUAUCGAGCUUGGUUACGGCGAAUAGUUGUGGUGUACAACUGAUCAGUGCAUCUUAUAUUCACCCUAUGCUCUACGAAGUCGACUUGGGUAUUCUCAGCUGCUCAGUCGCUGUUUUAAUACUGCAGCUCUUAGGCUCUAGCUCAUUAUCAGCACUUGCAAUUCCUGCCCAGUUCCGCACACCUAAUGGCAGCCAGGUCCAGGACAAACAGACAGGAUACAAACUCACAGUGGUUCCAUUCUCCACCUAG